AUGCAACCUGUUACCGGAUCUUUUUAUCUCAUAGCAUUUUCAGUAAUUCUUAGUUUAAAAUCUCCUUUUUCCGCCGCAGUAGAGCCGCACAAAGAUAACUUUCACAAGCACGAGCAUUUCGGUGCAAAUCAGGAACACGAUGUUCGCUACGAUCACGAAGCCUUCCUCGGACCCGAGGCGGAGGAAUUUGAUCAUUUAACUCCAGAAGAAUCCAAGAAAAGGUUACGAGUUAUUGUUGUAAAAAUGAUUGACACUAACAAGGAUGGUCUGGUUUCGGAAGAUGAACUUCGGGUGUGGAUAGAGAAACAGAGAAAGGCAUUUAUGUACGAAGACGUCGACAAAAGAAUCGCUAAAGAGGACAAAGAUGGAGACGGUGAGAUUUCUUGGGAAGAAUACAGAAAGUCGGAAUACGGAGAAUGGGAUAAUUAUGAUCUUCCGAAGGACCACGUAAGUAUUUUAUUACAGUUGUCACAUUGUAAGAAAACUAAUAUUUUCAAUUCCAUUUUUUUUCAUUUGUAACAUGUUACAUCGUCGACAUCACAACAGGUUAAAACAAAUAUUAUACAUAUCGAUUUCUAUCACUGCUUCUCCGGCAAAUAAAUCACCAAAUGUAUCUCUUCUGGUAAAUUUAAUUCCCCUAAUAGUUUUGCAUGUACAUCCAGUAUUCCACCUUGAUAAGAAAGACAAAGAAACCAAUUUAAAAUUCUGUCCGAAAAAAUUUUCAAAGAGCACAGAGUGCAAAAAAAAAAAAAAAAAAAAAAAAAAAAUGGAAAAGCAGCUAACCAUUUGUUGCGGUUAUAUUCAAGGGAAAGUUUUUUUGAGCAAAUGAUGCAAGAAAUACUCUUUGACCUGUGUGUGAAAGAAAUGAAUUGAUCAUGAUAUGAAAGUGGUCAACUGCAGUUACCAAAACAACUUCACAAAGUAAAGUUCGAAAAAGGAAGAAUUUGACUUUCGACGGUGAUUAAACCCGAGCCUGUUGAAUUUCAUUCCUAAUCAUGGCUUAUUUAACUCUUUACUCACAUUACUUUUACUUUUACUUCAAUCAACAGAAUUUACGCCGUCAAAUACGAAAAAAAGAGUACAAAUUCAGCAUCGCAGACGCAGACAAAAAUGGCAAAAUGAACAGAGACGAGUACGUGGAUUUUGAGCAUCCGGAAGAGAACAUAAACAUGCAAGAAAUUGCUUUGGAUGAAGUCAUCGAGGAUGUGGAUCAAAAUGAUGACGGGUAUGGCAAAAACACGGAGAAUCUUUUCAACAAAGUUAGCUCUUUUUAUGAUUUACAAUUUCAGAAUGUAAGCAGAGAAUGCGGGAGUCUAUUUCCUCCCACACACUCAUACACAUCGCAUACAAAAAAUACACAGUCAUACAAUCAUAAUCGUUACUCAAUCCACUUAAUUUGCCCCGUUUUAAAGUGACCGAUCCGCCACAAAUUCGGACGCGCAGGACAUAUUGACACGAUGUACGCGCGAGACUUCCCUUGCUCGCACGCAACAGAAUGCACGCAUGAAUAUUAUGGGGACCAUUUUUUUUUCCAUUAUUAUUAAUUUAAACCUUCCUCUUACAUAUCACUCCAACCGGCUUGCAGGAGCUUUCACCAGAGCCACUCUCAGCCUGCACUGCUCUAUGUUCCCCAGUCUUAUAUCGUUGGCCCGAAUUAUACUCGACAGCUUACGCCCUUGCAUAUUCCCAAACGAUGGCCCGAUUUUCAAAAGCUUCCAUGGCUUCACUCACACGGCAUCUUCUCUUUUUUUUAUUUUUAGCCUCAUCACCGUCGCUGAAUUUCUAGGCCAGUACCACGAGGAAAAAGAACCUCCAGCAUGGGUAGUGCGACACCGGGCAGAAUUUCACUCAAGGUUCGACAAAAACAAAGACGGUAAAAUGGACCGUGAAGAAGCGAGAGAAUGGGUCUUUCCCGAAAAGAAUGAUUCCCAUGACGAAACACUUCAUCUGAUCGACGGAACAGACGAGAAUGCUGAUGGUUUCCUCUCUGUUGAUGAAAUCUUACUUCACUGGAAUCUGUUUGUUGGAAGUCUAGCCACUGAUCAUGGCAACACUUUGAGAAAAGUCAAACAUACAGAACUCUAGUUCAGUGAAAAAAGUUGAGUUUGGGUGACACUACAACAGAUAAACAAACUUAAUAAAUAUAUGCUAGAAUCGAUUAGUCUCAGUAUUCUGUCAAAGCUAUCUUCGUUUUCUAUCAAACUAGCUUAUCUCUUUUAAUCUACAAAUUAAAAUUCUUGUAAUCAGCGAGGGCCUUAAAGCAUGGGAUCGCUAGUAAUCGCUGUAUAGCUAAGAUACUAUCUUUCUAGACUAAUUUUUUUGUUGUUAAAGGAAGCGAUAACAAGCACAGCCAAAGUGGUUGUAAGAUGUUUGGCUAAUUACAUUAUGUUUUGAUAAUAUUCGAG